GGACAUUCACAACCUCUUCCGGGUUUUACGCAGACUCGCAGAGGCUCGGGAUAAAUCCAUGGAUGCAGUAUUUUGUGGUUGUUUUAUCAAAGUGCGGCUCCCCCGUUGAAGGGAGAAGGUGAAACAGUGCGUGUGAAUCUGCGCUCGGAGGCUCAGCUGAACUGUUUGUUGUCUCUUUAUUCGUGUGCAGCUGAAAACAUGUCUGCAGAAGAAGCGGACAAAACAGGCACCGCGGAUGCUAGCGCCGGUGAUGAGGAGGAGGAAUGGUUGUAUGGAGAUGAGUCUGAGAGCAAAGAUGAAGAUGAGGAGGUCAAACCAAACGCUGCAAGCGAUGCACCCGCCGAUGCGUCAACAGAAGAUGCCACUGAGCACGCUACAGGAAACGGCGUUGCCUCCGAGGCCACAGGGGAAGCAGCAGGUGAGGAUGUGGACAGUGACAGCGACAGUGAUGAUGACGACGAUGACGUCCGUGUCACCAUCGGAGACAUAAAAACUGGAGCGCCACAAUACACAACGUACGGAGCGCCACCCGUCAAUCUCAACAUAAAGACGACAGGCUCAAGACCGUAUGGACAAGCCAAGCUGAAGGGAGUGGAUCUGGACGCCCCUGGAAACAUUAACGGCGUUCCAGUGCUGGAGGCCGACAUGGAGUCGUUUGAGGAGAAACCCUGGAGGAAGCCAGGAGCGGAUCUGUCUGAUUACUUUAACUACGGCUUCAAUGAGGACACGUGGAAGGCUUACUGUGAGAAACAGAAGAGGCUGCGCAUGGGCCUGGAGGUCUCCACUCUCGGCUCAGUGACGAGCAAGAUCACAGUUCAGCAGGGUAGGACAGGCAAUGAGAAGGACAUGUCCAUUUUACCUGUUCACACCUCCAAGCCAGACUUUACGUCUCCUGUCAACAUGUACAAGUCUUCUGUCAGUCAGGUCACCAGGAUCUCCCCGCCUCAGUGGCCUGGCCCGCCUAUCCAGGACAUGUCCUAUUAUACGAAGACGAGCGGUACGAUCGACGUGAUCGGAGGACAGACGGCCACCAUCAGCCGGGUUGAAGGGCGCCGCAGACACAACCUAGAGGGCAACAACAUCCAGGUGAUCUCCGAACAAUCAGACUCUGAGCCGGCUCCAGCUAAGAUACCCACCUUCUUCCCUCCCGGACCCCUCCCUCCAAACAUACCCCCACCUCCUUUCCUCCCACCGCCACCCAACGUCAGCACUGCGCCGCCCCUCAUCCCCCCACCCAUAUUUACUGUUCCAUGUCUUUCCUCUCGUGCAGGGUUGCCCAUUACUGUCCCACCUCCUGGUUUUCCUCCUCCACCUAGUGGGCCCCCUCCCGCGAUGAUCCCCACUAUGGACAGUGGCCACCCUGGAGGUUAUGACGGACGCUCAGUCCCUCCCUACCCGUUCCCUCAAGGUGGAUACCCUCCGCCCAUGACUGGAGGUCCUCCUCCCUGGCCGCCCAUGAUGGACAACUCAAAACCCUGGGAAAACUACUACAGACGAGACGACAACAAGAGAGAAAAGGAAAGAGAGAGGCCACGAGAGAGGACACAUGAGCGGGAGAGAGAGAGGGAGCACAGCCCGUCAGCCAUGGGCUACACCAGCGAGGAGGAGCGAUAUCGUUACCGCGAGUACCAGGAGCGAGCUUACGGAGAGAGACAUCGGGACCGGGCCAGCCGGGAGAAAGAGGACAGACACAGAGAGAGGCGGCACCGAGAGAAAGAAGAGGGGCGCCACAAGUCCUCCCGCAGCAGCAGUAGCAGGAGGAGGCAUGACAGCGAGGAGGGCGACAGCCACAGGAGACACAAACACAAGAAGAGCAAAAGGAGCAAGGAGGGCAAAGAGGCCAGCGAGGAAAUCAGCGCAGACCAAGAGAACCAGGAGGCCAUGGAGUAGUGCUCACCCCCCUUUGGUUUCUCCUCCCCUCUGUGUGUGUGUGUGUCUGCCCCCAAGUCUCCCACCAAGAUGAAGAUGAAGGAAAGUGACCAACAAAACCAGAGUGUCGCAGAGUGAUCGAUACUUCUUGUCACUCCCCUGUCAAUCCAUCUCAAUACUCCACCCUGCUGUCGUUCAUCCUCACCAUCACUGCAGACGGAGGGCGGGAGAGAGGAGGAGAAGAGGAGGUGGUGGUGAAGGAAGGCUGAGUUUGUCCUCUUUACUCUCGUCUCUCCAUCACUGGCUGACAUGUGACAGGGCAUCGGUCAGUCUUUAUCCUCUCCCCUCGACCCCUCCUCUCACAGCUGCAACCAUUACGUCCCGCUCAGAGAGAUUUCUCCCUCUUCAGUCGAGGCGAUCAGCAGAUUUAGAUCUCUUCCUGUCAUUUGUUUGUCCUUUUGUUCUUGUCCUGUAAGAAGACGUAAGAGAGCUCUCAGUUUAAGUUCAAUUAAAAAAAAACACUUUUGAUAAGA